CCCGUCACCCUCUCCUAUAACCCCUAUUUUUCCUCCAAGCCCAGGCUCACAUGCUCCUGUCCCACUGACGGUCCAACCCCAGACCCGUCCCACCAGUCACGGACGACAGCCCGACACCCUCCCUAUGGACACGCCACAGACGGUCCAACCCCAGAACCGGCAAGAUGCAAAGCACAACUAUAGUUAAGUAAAAUAUGGAUCUUGGCCCGUUAGGGUAUUCUUCAAAUAGAAACCCCAAGUCAAUAGGUUCCGUACCUGAGGAUGGCAAACAACAACACAAACAAGAUGCCUACGAGAAACACGUUAAGGAUGACAACCAGGUUAGCUGUGUCAUGCUGGCUACCAUGAUAACCGAGCUGCAAAAACAGCAUGAGAACAUGAAGGCCCACGAGAUGAUCGUGGCCUUGCGGCAGCUAUACCAGGGGCAAUCCAAGCAUGAACGUUUUCUCGUGAGUAAGGCUCUCUUUAGUUGCAAGCUCUCUUCAGGGAACCCGGUCGGGUUCUCCAUGCAGAAGGAGCUGGCAACGGACCUGAUCCUGCAGUCGCUCCCUGAGCUGUAUAAGGGUUUUUGUUGGCUUCUUGACGAGAGGCCCUCGUCUUUGCUGGCUCCUGCCGUCCUACCGGGCGGGACCGGUUGUGAAAGCUUCCUCUUCUUUAAGGGUCGAACCGGUAGGAAGUUCAUUUCCGACGUCCCCCAAAGUAAUCGGGGAUGGAAGGAAAAGUUCGUUUUCAUUGAAUUUCCUCCCUAUGUCACCCCAUUGGCCAAUCUGAAAUGGAACGAUCACCUUCUCAAUCACGAGUAUACCGUGCCGGCCUCCUCCCCUGAUCUCGAAGCGAGCCUGAAGAUCCUCCUCCGUGGGGAUCCUUUCACCGGGAGAAAGUUCCACUAUGAGAGCUGGGUUUGGAGGAUCCAACUGGGUGGUGAGGGUACCUCCCAAGCCCAUGAAGCAGCGGGGCACGGGGUACCCUCCCCGGGCAACACAGCAGAGGCUGAGGGCCAAAACCACCAAGUUUUUGCAGACAUGGAGUUCGACAUCCCCGAUGAUCAACCAAUGGGAGAGACCGGUGAUUCUCAAGCCGCUUCUGCCAAAACUUUCACGGUCCAACCAGAGACCAUGGAAAUCCAUGAUGAGGAUGAGCCUCACGACGACCGGUCCAAGGGGAAGGGUAAAGAGAAGGCCGGUAAGCGAACGAAGAAGGUGGCGACCACGCACCCUUCUUAUGCCAAGAAGAGGGCGAGGUCGGAUUCUGAUCCGGCUUCCCAGACCAUUGAAGAGGCCUUUAUCAACCUAGGCGUGCGGUUGCAAGAGGCUGGGCUGUCUGGGAUGGCCGGGACGAUGAGGGCCGAAAUCACCCAACUGAAGGAGGAAAAUUGCCGGUUGCUCGAUGAGGUUUCAGGGGUGAAGCAGGAGAUGACCCAGAAAGAAGAUGACUUCCCCGGUCGUGCUGCCGCAUGGGUGAAAGAGAAUAAGGCCGAAGCCGCCCGGGCGAUGACGGCAAGCCCGGAAGCUACCAUGGAAUCCUUCAGGCUCCUAGACCGGGAGCCUGAAGGAAAGAAGAUGAUUACCGCCAUUGGGUCCUUUGGAUUCAAGAGCGGUCAGAAGAAAGACCGGGCUGCCUCCCAUCGGAUUUUGAAGAAAAGGGACCCGGACUUUACCGUGGCUUCAUAUGGCCUGGCCCCCAUCCCGGAGGAAGAGCCCACUCCCCCUUUCCCCCUCGACUGAUCUCCCCGGCUGCGCCUGGUAGUUUUAUGUCUUG